AUGCGUCGACGUAGCUACCUCGUGGCGUGCCUCAUCAUACACGCGAGCGCGCGCGCCCCGAAGUUCGAGCCCUACGCCAACAACCACGGCUCGGCCGCCGCGGCGGCGGGCGCCGACUUCGUCUACCUCGCGAGCGACGCGCAGCACGUCGCCGGCAUGACGAUCGCGUCGUGCCAGGCGCGCCAGCGCGGCCUCACGCCGCGGACGCGGCUCGCGGCGGGCGGCUGCCGCGCGGACUGCGACGCGCUCGCGCGCGAUUUGGUGGUGGAGGCCGCGCGCUACGAGUUCGCGGCGCGGCGGGAGCCGGAUUGCCGGGUCCUGGCCCAGGCCCUCGCGCGCCUCCUGCACGGGCGGCGGCGCUUCCCGUACUUCGCGCAGCCCGUGCUCGCGGGCCUCGACCGGGACGGCGUCGGGCGGUGCUUCGCCUUCGACAGCGUGGGCUCGGCGUCGGAGGCGUGCGUCGUCGCGGCCGGCGCGGCGCAGCGGCUGCUCCUGCCCGUCCUCGACGCGCGGGCGCCGGCGCGCGCGCCGGAGGACGGCGCCGCGUACCCGCGCUUCGCCUCGGCGGACGACGCGCGGGCCGCGCUCGUCGCCGCGUUCCGCGCGGCCGCGCGCCGCGACGCGACCGUCGGCGGGGUCCUGGACCUGACGCUCGUGACGCGCGACGGCGCCGUCGGGGAGCGCGUGGCGCUGCUCGGCGACGACCUGGCCGCCGCCGCGCCAUCGUAA